GCAACGAAUAUACCAACGUUAUACCCUUGGGAAAUUAGGGCAAGAUGAAGCAGGAGAUAGUUGAGCGAUCGCCGGCGACGGGAGCGGUGGCGGAGCCAGCAGCUGGAGCAGCGGCUCCGGCGGCGGCAGUCGGAUCGGGCGGAGCUGGAGCGGCGGCUCCAAAGAAGAAGAUUUGCUGCGCUUGCCCUGAUACCAAGAAAUUGCGGGACGAAUGCAUUGCCGAGCACGGCGAGGACGCUUGCGGCAAGUGGAUCGAUGUCCAUCUCCGGUGCCUGCGAGAGGAGGGUUUCAAUGUCUAGGAAGGAUGGAUAGAUAGCUUUUGGAUCACUACGGUAAAAUUUACAAUAAGAACAUCGUUGGUAGCUAGA